AUGAUCAGCAACUAUCUCGACAUCCUCUACACGGACACGAACCUCAUCUUCGACCGCCGCUUCUACAGCUACGUGCUGCCCGCCGUGAAGUCGAUGGGCGAGCCGUACACGCUGCGCAUCAAGUUCACUCGCGCCUGCUUGGGCGAGAAUCUGUUCAGCGCCGACCCGGCGCGCGUGUCCGUUCCGCUCUUCAAAAUCUACCUCUUCAACGGCGAAGACCUGGAGAAUAAAGUGCAGGGGUGGACGAUCGAGUUCCAGCAGAAGAACAACUACACCAUCUUCUUUAAGGACGGAUUUUUGGAAUCCGAUCCAGUGGAAGAGCGGACGCCCCUUUGGUCGGCCGCGACGGAAAAGUCAACAUUUUUCAAGGUCCCCCCGGACAACCACGAAGAGCUGGUGACGAAGGAGUUCUACAUUGACGUCCAGAAGAGCAAGCUGCAGAUCCGCGUCGGCGACAGCCUCACCGUGCAGACCUGCAUACAGGUGGGGUAUUGCCGCGUCGGCGAGCAGACGCUUCAGAUCGACUACAAGCCCCGCAACCACCGCUGGGCCAUCCGCCGUGGACACCCACAAUGCACGGCCGUCAUCUCAGAGCACUCCGACAACUUCCGCGUUGGCGACCACCUCCAAGACCCGAAGCCCGAGAAUAUGGUCCACAUCAAGGCGAACACCUGGGGCAGCGAGGAGUACAGCGAGACGGCACUCGUUGGCAGCCUUCACCUCGCCAUCUGCAUCACCGUCAUCAUGGUGAUCGCGGCGAUCUACUUCACAAUCUUGGUCUCCUCCUCGGAGAUUGUCGACUUCAACGCGAUCGGGCUGAUGCAACGCGAACGACAACGCGCCAUGCACCGCGAGCAAGACUUUUUGGACGCGAGCCGCCGCGCCGAGCGCCGUCGUCAGCAUAUGGCC